AUGACUGGACAACUCAAUGUUGGCGUUCUGGAGCAGCUGCGGUUGUCACUCUUUGUUGGUGUGGCUUUGGCAGCUCCUCAAGGCUACAAUUACCAAGUAAACCCUGGUGCAAACAAUAAUGCGGGCUUCCCAUUCGAACAACUGCAACGAUUCGCUAAUCAGCAAGGGCAUUCAGAACUGAGUAUUGGUCAGGCCAAUGGCAAUAAUGGCUCUCCCUUACAAUUGGUCCAACAAUUGAGCAGCUAUGAGCAACAUCAGCAAGUACAGCAACUACAACAACAAGCACUAAUAGCUGAACAACUACAGCCACCAGCGCUACCACAUCCCCAGCUGCCACUUCAACCACAACCUCAACCGCAACCACAGCCACUACUUCAACUUACAUCUCAACCGCAACCACAGCCACUACCUCAACUUGCACCUCAACCGCAACCACAGCCACUACCUCAACUUGCACCUCAACCGCAACCACAGCCACUACUUCAACUUGCUCCUCAACUGCCGCCACAGCCGCAGCCGCACUUCCAACCCGCACACGUCAACGUACCCGCACCCGCAAAAUACAAGAAGGAAUUUUAUUUCCUUUCAUCGCCACGUGAAAACUUUGAAUUGCCACAUGAUUUCCAAGAUCAACUGAAGAGUUUCAAGAAAAACCUACGCGUCAUCUUUGUCAAGGCACCCGAACAUACUGGUAUCGAGAAUGCUGCGCUGCAGUUGGUCAAGCAAUCACAACAGUCAAACACCGUCGUUUAUGUGCUUACGAAGCAACAUAACGCCGCCGAUUUGGCUAAGAAGCUUGACCAACUGAGAGUUACUGCACCUCAAAAACCCGAAGUGGUGUUCGUCAAGUAUCGUACACCCGAAGAGGCAGAGCUUGCGCAGCGUACCAUUCAAUCGCAAUAUGAAUCGCUCGAUGGACCCAAUUAUUUCAAUUACGAGGGUAGCGUGCCGACGCACAAUUUCAUUGGCUCGACUGAGGCUAAAGGUCCGCAGAAAGUGGCUACAAAGGAGGCUGUGGCGUCACCGUUGGACUAUCUUCCGCCUGCAGAGUGAAAAUAGCAUAUUUUAAUUGGUUAUUAAUUUAUAUGUACAUAUGUAAAU